ACAUAGAGCAGAACGUUUGCCUAAAAUCCGUGUGUGUGUGUGUGUAGCGCACGCACACACGCCCGUGCUGCGGCCCGGGGGGUGUGUGUGCGCGUGCGUGCGGGCGUGCAGCGCGCGCCCUCGCCAGCCCGCCUGCCCGUGCGGCUUUCCCGCAGGAAAGCGGGGCUUGGGGCAGCCCGGCAGCGCCGCUUCACCCAGUGCGCGCCCAGCUGUUUCCAUAGGAACCGCGACCGCGCCGGGCCCCUCCAGCGGAGGCCCCCCGUGCGAGCAUGCCCAGUGCAAGCCGCUAGUUUGGCUCCAGUCUAGGUUUCCAGUAAGUGGCAUGCGGGACUCCGGAGGGAUCCCAAUGAGCUGAGCCGAGAGCCUUUGUGUGCAGAGGGAGGAGGAGGAGGCUGCGGCGGCCGCCGGGCUGGAGACCCCGCCCGGGUAGCCCCCAGCAAGAACAAUGCUAGCCUGCCUGACCCGAGGGAACUUACUGGACGUCCUGCAGGAGGGCUUCAAUGAGCAACAGCUGCAGGCCUAUGUGGCCUGGGUGAAUUCACAACUGAAGAAGAGGCCAGCAGUGAAGCCUGUGCAGGACCUGCGACAGGAUCUCCGGGAUGGGGUGAUCCUGGCAUAUCUCAUCGAGAUUGUUGCAGGAGAAAAGCUGAGUGGGGUACAGCUGAGUCCCAGUAACCAGCAGGAGAUGAAGAAUAAUGUGGAGAAAGUGCUACAGUUUGUGGCCUCUAAAAAGAUUCGUAUGCACCAGACUUCGGCUAAAGAUAUUGUGGACGGAAACCUGAAGUCUAUCAUGAGGCUGGUCCUUGCCUUGGCAGCUCAUUUCAAACCUGGCUCUAGCAGGACGGUGAACCAAGGACGGGACUCCAGAGCCCCUUUACAAAGUCACCGACCACAUUGUGCCACUGCUGUGGCCCAGGGAGCAGCUGCUGCUCUGGCCGAUGUGUGUCAUGACAUGUCCCGAUCAGGACGGGAUAUCUUUCGAUACAGACAGAGGAACAGCAGCAUGGAUGAGGAAAUUGAGAAUCCGUACUGGAGCGUGCGGGCCCUAGUGCAGCAGUAUGAAGGGCAACAAAGGUCCCCGUCUGAAUCCAGCUGCUCCAGCCUGACUUCACCCAGUCCAAUCCACAGUGCCAAGAGUGAGUCCAUUAUAACCCAGUCAGAAGAGAAGGCAGAUUUUGUGAUUAUUCCCUCUGAAGGAAUAGAGACCAGAACAGAGGAGACAGAGUCUCCAUUAUCUCGAGACUGGCGGCCGGGGAGCCCUGGAACCUAUCUGGAGACCUCAUGGGAAGAACAGCUGUUGGAACAACAAGAAUAUUUAGAAAAAGAAAUGGAAGAAGCAAAGAAAAUGAUAUCAGGACUACAGGCCUUAUUGCUCAACGGAUCCUUACCUGAAGAUGAACAGGAGAGGCCCUUGGCCUUCUGUGAACCAGGUGUCAAUCCCGAGGAACAACUGAUUAUAAUCCAAAGUCGUCUGGAUCAGAGUAUGGAGGAGAAUCAGGACUUAAAGAAUGAGGUAAUGCAGUCUGAAGCAACCCAGAUGUCACCAUCUGAUCUAACUAUAUUUGGUUUGCAGAAGGAGCUGCUGAAAUGUAAACAAGAAGCCAGAAACUUACAGGGGAUAAAGGAUGCCUUGCAGCAGAGAUUGACUCAGCAGGACACAUCUGUUCUUCAGCUCAAACAAGAGCUACUGAGGGCAAAUAUGGACAAAGAUGAGCUGCACAACCAGAAUGUGGAUCUGCAGAGGAAGCUAGAUGAGAGGAACCGGCUCUUGGGAGAAUAUAAAAAAGAGCUGGGGCAGAAGGAUCGCCUCCUUCAGCAGCACCAGGCCAAGUUAGAAGAAGCACUCCGGAAACUCUCUGAUGCCAGUUACCACCAGGUGGAUCUAGAGCGAGAGCUAGAACACAAAGAUGUCCUCUUGGCUCACUGUAUGAAAAGAGAGGCAGAUGAGGUGACCAACUACAACAGUCACAACUCUCAAAGCAAUGGUUUUCUCCUUCCAACAGCAGGAAAAGGAGCUGCUUCAAUCAGCAACAGAGGGACCAGCGACCUGCAGCUUGUUCGAGAUGCUCUCCGCAGCCUGCGCAACAGCUUCAGUGGGCACGAUCCUCAGCACCACACCAUUGACAGCUUGGAGCAGGGCAUCUCCAGCCUCAUGGAGCGCCUGCACGUUAUGGAGACGCAGAAGAAACAAGAAAGAAAGGUUCGAGUCAAGUCACCCAGAACUCAAGUAGGUAGUGAAUACCGGGAGUCCUGGCCCCCUAAUUCAAAGUUGCCUCACUCACAGAGCUCUCCAACUGUCAGCAGCACCUGUACUAAAGUGCUCUAUUUCACUGACCGGUCACUUACGCCCUUCAUGGUCAAUAUACCAAAGAGGUUGGAGGACGUGACGCUAAAGGAUUUUAAAGCAGCUAUUGAUCGGGAAGGGAAUCACCGGUAUCACUUCAAAGCACUGGAUCCUGAGUUUGGCACUGUCAAAGAGGAGAUUUUCCAUGAUGAUGAUGCCAUCCCUGGAUGGGAAGGGAAAAUUGUAGCUUGGGUGGAAGAAGACCAUGGAGAGAAUUAAUGCCAAGUAUCAGACUGAGGGCUUAUGGAACCUGGUCACUCCCUGGCUGCUUCACUCAGGAAAGGGAACUAAAACCAGAAUACGCUAAGAAGUUUCUAGUUUGUAUGCCAAAACAGAAGCUUCUCCAAGUAUGAUGGCCACAGGUCAGUCCUAUUUCUGUGCCUGGCAUAUCUGGUACUUAAAAUUCUGUCCAAAUGUAGACCAUGGGUUCAUCUGGAGUUCCUUGUCCGUGGGAACACAGUGUACUAUUCUACUCUGAGGACAACAAACCGAAGGCCUUAAACGAUGGGGAUGGAUGAUCCCGCCUCUAUAGGGGCAUGGCUGCUAUUAUCUGGAAACUAGGAAUUGGAUGCAUCACUCCUGUGUGUUACAGUGUUAUUUUAAUUGGCCUCAAUGGUUGCAGCAAUCAGAGUCCCAGCGUUUGUACUCACAGACAAGGCAAAGGUACCAGCUUUUCUGUUUCUUUGAACCUACUGCAAACCAAGAAUAACUCAUGAGGUGGUACCAAAGAUGAAAGCCCAGUCUUCAGUAAUCUUUUGAACCGGACAUGGAUGGUGCUGAAUUGUUGCUUGGAUGGAAAAAGGGCUGCCCAUAUUGUGCUACACUAUGCUAAAACUGUAAUUUAGUAAGACCUUGGGCUGCCUCUUCUGUCUUAACUGGUUCUGCAGCUUGUCCUUUUGCCCACAUAGGGCCUAUUAUGUACUGUUAGUUUUCUCUGGGGACUCUUUAACUUUAGAGCCAUUUCUUUUUCUUCAAACUGAUGAACUUUGUGUUUGAAAGGCCUAAGGAGUGAAAAGCUCCUUGAAAAUCCAGGCGGGUAUGGAAAGGUGCUGCUACCCAUAUCUUUUUGACUUUCUUUGUUUCAUGACUUUAACUCAUGGCAUCUCCUUUGUAGUAAAAGGAGACAGACCAUUAAUUUCAGCAUUUCUUUGUGAUUUAUAAGUACUGAGCAUGAAGUACUUGUCUGCCCCUCCUCAUUUCAAGGCCAGUUAUUUUCUAUUUAUGUAUUUAGUCUAGGCUGAUCCUUUAGGGCACGAUAGAAACCAUGGGGCGUGGAGCAUGAGUUGUGAAUGGCAGGGAUCAUUCUGGGUAAAAAAAAACCUAGAAUCAUUUCUCAUGUGCAACAUUGUCAAGUGAAGAAGCUAACAGUUCAACUGCAGAGAUUAUUUGAUAACCUGGGUUUUCUCAUUCAUCCAUCAAGCACCAUCAACCAAUCAGCCAUUAUUAUUUAUAUUAUGUAUUACCAAAAGCAGUAUGUCUGCCUGUGACCUCCAAUGUACACUGCCAAACACAAGAGUAGGACACAUCCCUUCUGGGUUCUUGACCUGUCUGUCUCCAAUUCAUCUCCCCUUUUCACUCCCUGGCUCACUCAACAAACUACUCUUUAGAGCUCUGAGAUGACAUCUUGUUGUUUUAUAUAGAUGUGUCUUUUAAAAAUAGUUCAUGUUUGGAGAAUUCUUUUGUACUCAUUUGCUUUUUGUCUGAGAACCAUGUCUAUUUUUAUAACUGGAGUGUGAGUUCUGUAUCUUCUCACAUUCUGUAUACUGUAUCCAUUUUCUAGAGAACCCAGUAGCUUUUAUACAGUCUCUUCUUACCACCCCUUGUGGUUUCAGAACAAGCUUUAUUUUAUUACGAGUAUACUAAUGACAACUAAUUCCUGUUCCAACUCUACCUGUUUUAGUUGUGAAGGUAGUUUUGUGUAAUCCAGUUGAUUGCUCCUCUGGCAGAGAGAAGGAGCUCAAAAGACACUUGAUGUCUUUCAUGUAAGUUUACCUGGUCUUUUCCUAUUGAAGAAUUUUUCAUCAGAAACGAUUGGGAAAGUUUGGGAAAGUCAGCCAAAAGAAAGAAUUCAUUUCGAAAGCAAACAGAAGAAAAUAGUAUAUUCUCUCAGUUUUUCCCCAGGAAGUCUGGAGAAAAAGUCCUCAUGUCACCAGUUUCUCUGUUGCAUGAAUUUUAGUGUUUUGCUAUAAGACAGCAUGAGGGCUAUCAGGCCAAAAUUCAUUAUUGUAUUUCCAGUACAGUUUGUCUUGAAUGUCUGUCUCUUAAACCAAUUUUUACUUGUCAGUUUUCUCUCAGCAAACAGUCUUACUGUUACGUGGAAUUUUAACUUUUCAGAGAAAAUUUCCAAAGUACUCUACCUUAUUUGGCUUUUAUCUCUGUCUUUUGGAAAAGGAGCUGCAUGGCCUCAGUGCCUCCAUAACAAGCUAAAGUUGAGUUCAUGGGAGAACACUGAGAUCAUUUUUUUCCCCUUUAGCUAGGUAAUCUCAUAUACCACAGGUACAUGACCAAGCAUCUCUGCUAGAGGAUGUACCUCUCAUAACUCCUGUGUAAAAUGAGGAUCCUGUUGGUGAUUUUCAUUCCAGUUUCCAAAGCGAGAGGAGCCUUCUGAGCAGAAGUAUGCAAGACUGAUUCUGUUUGGAACAGUUUCCUAUUUGGCUGCAUUCUAGGAGGCCUCCUGACUCACUCAUAGUAUUGUGCCCUGGUGGCAUUGGUGGGGUAGCUUGUCUUGCUACUUGCUAAAGCUCUAUUUCUUUGAGAAAACUGAGCAACCAGAAUGCUUAAGAGUUCAUAAAAUAAUCUCUAAACCAUGUUAGGUUAAAACAAAAUGACCAUCUCACAAAAACGAGUUUAGUUGAAUGCUCAAUUCCUUAAAAAAUCUUCAUUUAAGGCUGAGUGUGGUGGCUCAUGCCUGUAAUCCCAGCACUUUGGGAGGCCGACACAGGAAGACUGCUUGAGCCCAGGAGUUCAAGACCAACCUGGGCAACAUAGCAAGACUCCAUCUCUACCAAGAAAUUUUAUUACAAAAGUAGCUGGGGAUGGUGGCACAUACCUGUAGUCACAGCUACUCAGGAGGUUGAGGUGGGAAGAUUGCUUGAGCACAGGAGUUUGAGUUUGCGUGAGCUAAUCAUGCCACUGCACUCUAGCCUAGGCUACAGAGCAGGACCCCAUCUCCAAAAAAAAAAAAAAAAAAAAGUCAUUUAAAAACUGAAGAAUGUUCUCUUCUUGCUCAGUUCCCUAAAUUAGCUGGGGAGAUUGGGACACUUUACAAUUUUUAUAUUUUUUAAUUUGAAGAAUUUGUUUUAAACUUACUUGGUAAUGGCAAUUCUACUUACCAACUUUUCAGCUCUUUUUGACCAGGAUGGUUGCAAAUUAGGGAAAAUAUCUUUAUACUCUAUAUCCAAUCCAAGAGGACUGUAAUUACUUAAAAGCAUUUAGGUCAUAAUUAAAAUUAUUUUCACUGUUUCCAUAAAAUAAGCAUUAUGAUUGCACACUCAUUCUGUCUGAAUUUACGUAAGAGGUAUAGCUUGCUUAAAAUACAUAUAUAUGUAAAGUUAUAUUUUCUUAGAAACAUGGAUGUUUGCAGCCAUUGCUUUCAAAGAGAUUAUUACUGUGUAUUCUCCCUGUUUUACAAUAUGUUUUCAUGAAGACUUUGUUACACCAGAGGCUUCUGAUUAUGAAAGUGAUAACCAGUUUUAACUGCCAGUAUGUACCAGAUUUGUGAACUAAUUUAAAAAACCAUGAACUAUGAAUAAAAUGGAGUUUGCAAACUAAAUAUCA